UUCAGAGCGGUUAUCUCUUCAUCAAUGGCAAUAUAAAAAUGACCCAUCUUCUUCAAUUAGCUUAUCAUCAUCUCUCGCCGCCGAUUAACAGUUAUGUUACCGGCUGUUCUUCCUUCCACCGCCAAAACCGCCGCCGGCUACGCACUUCCGUUUCAAUAUUCUUCAACUAGGAACCGACCGAUUCUUCCAUUUUCAACUCUACCCAGUAAAAGAAAAUCGAACCUGGUUUCACUACGAGCAUCAUCGUCGAUGAUCGAGAACAACGAAGCUCCUCAGAUUGACCGCCCGGACACGUUUCUCCGGGAAUCGGAUAAUGACUUACAUUCUUCAGAUGAAUCAGGGAAAACGAGUAUCAGGGCUCGAUUCGAGAAGAUGAUUAGGGAAGCUCAGGAUAGCGUAUGUUUAGCGAUUGAGGCCGUCGAUGGAGGCGCUAAGUUUAAAGAGGAUGUUUGGUCGAGAACUGGCGGUGGAGGUGGAAUUAGUAGGGUUUUACAGGAUGGAUCUGUAUGGGAGAAAGCUGGAGUUAAUGUUUCAGUUGUUUAUGGAAUUAUGCCGCCUGAAGCUUACAGAGCUGCUAAACCAUCUGCUUCUGAUUCUGUUUCAUCCAUUGAUGUUAAACCUGGACCUGUUCCAUUCUUUGCUGCUGGAAUUAGCUCGGUUAUGCAUCCGAAGAAUCCCUUUGCACCAACAUUGCAUUUUAAUUAUCGGUAUUUCGAGACAGAAGAUGCUGCAGGAGAACCUAAAGAAUGGUGGUUUGGUGGUGGUACAGAUUUAACUCCUUCAUAUAUAUUCGAAGAGGAUGUGAAACACUUCCAUUCGGUUCAGAAAAGUGCUUGUGACAAAUUUGAUCCAAGUUUUUAUCCUCGAUUCAAGAAAUGGUGUGAUGAGUAUUUCUAUAUAAAGCAUCGCGGGGAGAGAAGAGGGGUUGGUGGAAUAUUCUUUGAUGAUCUUAGUGAUAGCUAUGAUCAGGAAAUGCUUCUCUCAUUUGCCACAGAAUGUGCGAAUUCUGUGGUGGGUGCAUACAUACCUAUAAUAGAGAAGAGGAAAGACAUGACAUUUACAGAUGAACAUAAGGCAUGGCAGCAGUUAAGAAGGGGUCGUUAUGUGGAGUUUAAUUUGGUUUAUGAUCGAGGUACGACGUUUGGUCUGAAGACAGGAGGUAGGAUUGAGAGUAUUCUUGUUUCUCUUCCUCUUACUGCUAGAUGGGAAUAUGAUCAUAAACCUAUCGAGGGUAGUGAAGAAUGGAAGCUUCUCGACGCAUGUAUCAAUCCAAAGGACUGGGUGGUUUAAGGGGUCAGCAUUCAAGACGAUAUGAUCUCAAUCA